AUGAAUGUUAAAGUGGCAAAGAAGGCCAUUAUUGAAGGUUUUCAUAGAACUGAUGAUUCACUACUGCAGGAAGAUUUGUACAGAUCACAGGAUACAAAUCUGCAACAUUUAAAAAGUAUCAUGCCUUCUUUAGUGCUGCUCUUUAUUGACAUGUUCCAUGUUGUGGUUGCGAAUGCCGGGGAUGCUAAGGCAGUAUUAGCUCGUUCUACUUCAACUGAUGACGAAGUUCCAGUGGUUGACACUAAAAGUCUACUGAAGGCUAUUGUUUUGACGAGAGAACAUAAAGCCAUCUUUCCGCAAGAGCGGUCGAGAAUCCAGAAGUUUAAUAGCUAUCCUGGGGGUUCUGUUGGUCCUAAUGGGAGACUGCAAGGACGCAUUGAAGUAUCUAGAGCUCUUGGAGAUCGCCACUUUAAGAAGGUUGGGUUAAUUGCAACACCAGAUGUACAUUCGUUUGAACUUACAAAGAAGGAUCAUUUCAUCAUUCUUGGCUCUGAUGGCUUAUGGGGAGUAUUUGGACCAAGUGAUGCUGUUGAAUUUGUCCAGAAGCAAUUAAAGGAGACAUUUUCAGCCACGCUCGCCGUGCGGUGUCUGGUGAAGGAGGCUGUUCGCGAGAGGCGAUGCAAGGAUAACUGCACGGCCGUUCUGAUCAUCUUCAAGCACUGA